GUCUAAUAUCAUCCAUACUUAGUCAUACUAGGACAGUUUAUAGUCAUGGGAUUGAGAUUUAGAAAAAGAAAAAAAAGAAAAACUCCCGUGCACAAGUCUACCAACAGACAACUGCCGCUUCCUGCACCUGCCCCGAAAAGGCGGACACCUCCUCGUCAUGUGACACGCCUCGCGCGCUCGCGGCACAGGUGACGCUCCUGCCUUUACUAGUUGAGCGUGCCCGCCUGUAAACUGGCUGUGUGCGGAUACGCCGCUCGGUUGGAUUACUUUUUUUCUCCCAUCCUGCAAGUGAAGCAGAUCCGAAGAACACCGUAAAGGAACCAAACAGAAUUCAUUGUGCACAAACCUUCUUUUAACCAGAUUCUGAUGUGAUGGAUUUUCUACCUAUCUCUACCAAUGCUGGCAGGGACCUGCUAUGGAGGCUGACACCCACUUAAUUUGGAGUAAUUUCAGUUAGAAAAUAAAUGAUGGACGUCAAUUCUUCUCUGCCUCUUUUAAAUUACAGUGUAAUCACAUAAACCUGAAAAAUGUUUAUGCAUCCUGUUAUGCUUCUACUGUACUUUUCACUCUGCCAUCAUUUCCUAAUAGUAGAUGCUGUCAUAUUAAACUGUGUACCCAGGAAAAGCAUUAGUUUUAAUGACAAACACAUCAAAACUUUUAAAGAAGAAGGAUUCUACAAUUAUUCUGUCAUGUUGCUUAGAGAGGAUAUUGAUACUUUGUUAGUCUGUGCAAGAGAAGCAAUCUACGCACUUAACAUGGAGGAUGUCUCCAACAAAAUUUCCAAGGUUUUCUGGCCCGUUUUGGAAAACAAACAGCUUGAAUGUACUAACAAAGGGAAAAGCAAAGAUAUAGAAUGUCGCAACUACAUCCGCACUCUUCACAGAAUCAAUGAUACCAUGAUGUACGUCUGUGGAACAAACGCUUUCAGUCCCACUUGUCACUAUAUGGAUAUUAACAAUGGCCAGUUACAGCUUCUUGGACCACCUGAGGAAGGUAAAGGAAAAUGUCCUUUUGAUCCAUUUCAGAAGUAUUCAUCUGUCAUGGUUGAUAGUGAUCUUUAUACUGCAACUUCUAUCAACUUUCUUGGUUCAGAACCUGUGGUUACACGCAAUUCAGCAAACUCCCUCCGAACUGAAUUCAAGACCUCUUGGCUAAAUGAACCAAAGUUCAUUUAUAUGGAUCUAGUAGAAGAAAAUCAUAAUAACCCAGAAGGGGAAGAAGAGGAUGACAAGGUUUACUUAUUCUUUAGUGAGACAGCCGUGGAGUAUGACUUCUAUGACAAACUGUUGGUAUCACGAAUUGCUCGAAUAUGCAAGGAUGACCUUGGAGGACUGAGAAUCUUACAGAAGAAAUGGACCACAUUUCUAAAGGCAAGCCUUGUGUGUUCUGUGCCAGAGCUGAACCUCCAAUUCAUCAUUCAAGAUGUAUUUAUGCUGAAGUCUGCUAACUGGAAGGAGACAAUCUUUUAUGGAGUAUUUGUUCCACAGGCAGGUGUGUUGGACAUCUCAAUCGUGUGCGCCUACAGUAUGAGAAAGAUACACGAGGUUUUCUCUCAGGGAAAGUAUAAAGAACCAGUCACAGUGGAUUCUUCACACGUCAAAUGGAUUGUGUACAAUCAGGACAUACCUGUGCCCCGUCCAGGAGCUUGCAUUAACAAGCAAGCAAGAAAUAUGAAAAUAAACCGGACUCUGGACCUGCCAGACAAGACACUGCAGUUUGUAAGAGAUCACCCUUUGAUGGAUGACCCUGUCACUCCUAUCGAUGGGAAGCCCAAACUUAUCAAAACUGGAUCUCGCUUUACAAGUAUAGUUGUUGACCGAAUCAAAGCCCUGGAUAACCAGCUUUAUGAUGUGAUGUUCAUUGGGACAGAUAAUGGGUACCUGCAAAAAGCUAUCAAUUUAGAAAACGAAAUGUUUAUUAUUGAAGAGGCCCAGCUAUUUAAAAAUGAAGAGUCUGUUCUCAGUCUUCGUAUCUCUUCUAAAAAGAGCAAAAUAUAUGCUACAUCCUUGUCACAGGUAGCACAGAGCACACUUUCUGACUGCAGACAUUAUGAGACCUGCUAUGAUUGUGUGCUUGCAAGGGAUCCAUAUUGUGCAUGGAGCAAAAAAUCAAGUCGGUGCGCAUCAAUAUCUGACAUGACCAAUAACAAAACAGAUCUGAUCCAGAAUGUUAAAACUGGAGAUGCAUCUUCAUGCAAAGAUACACGUAAUAUUCAGGAGAUUACACGUUCAUUUGUUCCCAGCACCACUGUCCAUCUAGAAUGUAGCCCAUUGUCUAAUUUGGCAACAGUUCACUGGACGUUAAAUAACAGCUCCAUUCAGCCAAAUGAGACUAAAUACAUAAUCUAUAAUGGUGGAAUAUUCAUACUAAACACCUCAAUGGAAGAUGUUGGGAGAUAUGUAUGUUAUUCUGUGGAGAAAGUGAGAGAGAGGCCGUUAAAACAGGUUAUGAUGGUUUACAUUUUACAGCCAACGCAGCAAAACAUGGAUAAACCCAUAAAACCAUUACUUCCAGAGGUGAAGACACAAAGUCCAUCUGCUGUGACUGAGGUGACCCCAAGGAACAUACCAGACCACUCCUACCCAGGACAGCCCAAGAUUCCAAUGCCACAGACAACUAACAAUAUUGUAUUGGUCUUAGAGGUGGCAGUUGUAGUUCUAAGCUGCCUUCUUGCAAGUUUGCUUACAUAUAAUAUAUGUAAGGGCCAUAUACCAUUAUGCUGUGUGAAUGUGGGCAAAAAAGGGGAUCAUAGUAGCCAACGGAUACAACCUGAUGGUAUUUGUGAUGUCGUACAGCAAGAUAUUCUACACAACAAGACUGCCAAAGAGACGAUUCCACUUGUUUCGGGUUUUGCAAAAGGAGAUCAUGUCAACAACAACAACAAAGGACACUGCGGUGACUCACAGAAGCCUUCCAUUACCUUUCCUACUCUGGAUGAUCUAAAAUAUAUUGAUGAUGAAUCUGAAAUAUAAACUUGAGUAUAACAUACAGAAUAUGGCAGCUAUUUGUCCACAUGCUUCAGUUUUUGCUUAGUACGUUUUAAAUGCUUCUAAAAGAAAAGGGUUGGAAAAAAAUGUGAGACACCAGAAUGGAAGCACCAACAGUUUAUGCAAAGCGCGGGCAGGUAUGGUCCUUUACUGUAACAUCUGUACUUUGAUUUUGAUGUGUGUGUGAAUUUUAUUUUACUCCAGUACUCCACAUUUUCAGAUUAUACAUAAGAAGCUCAACUUCUAAAGCUAAAUGAUAAAUAUUUCCCCACACAUAUUAUCACAUCAGUAUUAUGUAGAAAUAAGUAUCCUUGGGCGGCACAGUAGUGCAGUGGGUAGCGCUGCUGCCUCGCAGUUAGGAGACCCGGGUUCGCUUCCUGGGUCCUCCCUGCGUGGAGUUUGCAUGUUCUCCCCGUGUCUGUGUGGGUUUCCUCUGGGUGCUCCGGUUUCCUCCCACAGUCCAAAGACAUGCAGGUUAAGUGCAUUGGCGAUUCUAAAUUGUCUCUUGUGUGUGUGUGCGCGCGCGUGCGCCCUGCGGUGGGCUGGCGCCCUGCCCGGGGUUUGUUUCCUGCCUUGCGCCCUGUGUUGGCUGGGAUUGGCUCCAGCAGACCCCCGUGACCCUGUGUUUAGGAUAUAGCGGGUUGGAUAAUGGAUGGAUGGAUAAGUAUCCUUUCAACUUUUCCUUUUUUUAUAAACAGCCCUUGUAUUGUGUUUUGAAAUUUGAUGUUUUACUAAAAUCUUACAGAAAAGAAAUUAAGUUUGUGCUGUAAUAAUUGGCUUUGCAGUACGUAUGUCCAUAAUUGUAUUUGUUUUUUCAGUAUUUUUUUUUACUACAAAUGUUUAAUUCUCUAAAUAUUGUUUUUAGAUUUGACUUUUUAGCCUCAUACAAAAACCCGUUCUACUUUUUAAAACAUACUGUACAUGUUUAAUAUUUUGAUUUCUUACAUUUCUUUUAAAAAGUAUUAAUGUCAAAUAGUGUAAUAUGGGGUUUGCACCAAUAAAACUGAGCACAGGUGGGCUAGCUGGGGUCUGUCCUUUGUUUGUUUUUUUUUUUUUGUAAUAUGUCAGGGAGAUGGAGCCCGUCCCAAUAUCAUCAUCAUCAUCAUCAUCAUUAAGCAGAUUGAUUCAGCGAGCACGUAACAAAAGCUCUAGAGCAGUGGUGCCCAAUCUCAGUCCUGGGGACCCACUGUGGCUACAGGUUUUUGUUCCAACCAGAUUCACAAUCGGUGAUAAUAAUCGACAACAACUGAUCUCAUUUAAUUAGCUGGUCUUUUUUAUUCUUCUCUUAUUCUGCAUUCAGUAAAACUACAGUAUGGUUUUUACAUUUAUAAGAAAUUUAGAAAUACUUGUACUUUUUUCUAAAGCUAUAAAUGCUUAACUUUCUUUUGUUGUUUUCAUUUUCCCCUUUUCCUGUGUAGUUUGCUACCUUCAUAGUGACAAUUAACAACCAGCAUAGCAGACACCCAGAAUGAUGAAAGCUGCAAUGACUUCAGUGUCAGAUCCGCUAAUUAGUAAAUAAUCAAUUAAAUAACCAGAACACCUGGGAAAGCAAAAUGAAAAUUAGGUUGAAAAUAAUAUUAACGACUUAAACUACAUAUUCCUCAUAUAAGUGAUUAUUACAUUUUAAUAAAAAUCUACCAAAUUGAUUUGUAUUUUGUACAUUGACUCAAGAACACAGAAACUGGGAAAUAAUAACUCACUUAAUGAGGCUAAGAGUCCAAUGAAAACCGGAAGUUGAUUGGAACAAAAACCUGCAGCCACAGGGGGUCCCCAGGACUGAGUUUGGGAACCCCUGCUCAAGAUACUAAUGUUGAAAUAAAAGUGUAAAAGUAAUUAAACUUGGAGAGCCAACACUUAGGCUUUGGGUUGAAUCCUUUUCAAUAGGACCAACCUGGAGCUGAGCCAGAACUUAAAAUUAUGGGAUGAGUAUGAUACGUACCUCACCAGCCUCAGUCAGCCAGGUCAGUUAAAACACUUCGUUCCAAGUAUGUUUUAGACGGAGGGGCAGAGUUUCUUAGUGAUUUAUAAAGAAGCAUAAUACUAUUUUAAGUAGAGUCUGUCCUUAAUCAUGUAAGAUUUCAGGGGUUUUUAUUAGGCAUGUGUGCUGUACAGAUGUUUCUAAGGUACUGUAUAUUUGAUUUAUUCCAGCAUAACUGAUGUAGGAUACCAUCUCUCAGUCCCCAUAAGACAUUUUGCUUCUCAUUUAUUUCUACAAGUCUUACUUUGCCAUAUUUUCUAAGCAGUAUUGUUCUUAAUUGGAUUGCCUGGGGAAAUGUGAAGUGCCAAUGAUGCUUCUGGAUUGUAACAUUAAUAAUCAGUAAGAAUAGUACAACUAAAGAAUGUAUUAAAAAUUGGUUUUAUUUUUGAAAAUAAAGUUUUGUUGUGUUUGGUAA